GGAGCAGCCUGUCUGGGCACAACAGAGCCUGACUCAGAGGUUCAGAAAGAGGGAAGUGGAAAACCCCCAAAACCCCACUCCAAACACAGGCAAGCGUUGGCACAGGGCCACCCUGAAAACCAUAGCUCAACCUACAAUGAAGCCUGCACUGAGGCCUACACUGAGGCCUGCACCGAGGCCUAUACUGAUGCCUGCACCGAGGCCUACACUGAUGCCUGCACCGAGGCCUACACUGAUGCCUGCACCGAGGCCUACACUGAGGCCUGCACCGAGGCCUACACAGAGGCCUGCACCGAGGCCUACACAGAGGCCUGCACCGAGGCCUACACAGAGGCCUGCAACAACGCCUACAUUGAGGCCCACACCAAGGAAAACAUGUAA